AUGGGUGAUUCGAAUCCUGCAUCCUCACAUGUCGAAACAAACUUGAAGUUGGAGAAGCAUGGAGAGGAAGACAAAGUUAAUGUAACUUUGUUCAAGAAAAUUAUCAAAUCUCUGAGAUAUGUGUGCAACAAUCGACCUGAUAUAGGUUUUGUAGUCGGAUUAGUGAGCAGAUACACGAGUAAACCAAGUGUGUCACACAUGGAUGCUGGAAGAAGAAUUCUAAGAUACAUAAAAGGAUCGAUAGAUUAUGGAAUUCUAUUUCGACAAGACUCUGAAAGAGAAGAAGUAACAAUUACUUGCUUUUCAGAUGAUGAUUGGUAUGGAGAUAAAGAAGAUCGAAGAAGCACAACUAGAUAUUUCUUUCAAGUAUUUGCUGCCCCAAUUUCAUGGUGUUCGAAGAAACAACCCGUGGUGGCAUUAUCAUCGCGUGAAGCUGAAUAUAUAGCAGGAUCUUAUGCUGUAUGUGAUGCAAUUUGGAUCAGAUCAGCACUUGAAGAAAUGGAGGUUAAAGUGAAGAAUCCUCUUGUGUUGCAAAUCGAUAAUAAGUCAGCCUCAAAUCAGGCAAAGAAUCCAGUUCUGCAUGGAAGGAGUAAGCAUAUCGAAGGUAGAUUUCACUUUUUGAGGGAAAAGGUAAAUCGAGGUGAACUUGAAGUUAGGCAUUGCACGAGUGAAGCAUAG